AUGUUCGUGGAGCCGGAGUUUCUUUGCUCUGGUCGUAUCUGGAGCUGGGAUUCGGCGACAGCGUCAGUGGGAAGACCACGAAGCUGUUGCCGGUGGCUCACUUCACGGAAACAGAGCCAGUUCGAGGGUGUCGGUUGCCAGCCGUGUCGAACGCGGUCUCGUAGGGUGUUCCACGACUCGCGGUGCUGCUGCUGCUGCUGCUGGGCCGUGGGGUUGCGACCAGGCUACCGAAAGUGGUCUGAUCCGGAUCGUCAGCACAGUGCUCGCCUCGAACGUCGUUUCGAGUUGGUUGCUGUUGUGGAUAAGGACGCGGGUAGUUCGGAGCGUCCAGUACGCUGGAACCUCAGCGGUAUUCCGCCACCACCGCCAGCCGCUCGCCAAUGGAUUGCGCAACCAAAACCAUCAAGUGCUGAAAGCGACUACAUCAAUCGGGCACCGCUCUUUUCUAAAGUACUUCGCACGCACUGUUUCGCGCUACCGUGGUCUGCUCUCGUGGAGCUGCGUGCGCGUGCCGCCGACGACAUCGACAUCGACAACGCGGCACGCCUGGCAGCAACGGCUUCGACCAGUGUGCAUGCUACCCUGUACCAGGGCAGUGUACCAACUGAGCCAUAUCCGCGGACUUUUACAAGAAGCGGGCUCGUGUUGGAGGCCGGUAACGCCGGCACCCUCAAAAGGCGCCGAAACGCCCCGCAAGUGCCGGCACUGGUGACCGCGGAGCGCCAACUGCCGCUUGGCGUGCUCAUUGAUCCUAACGCUGAUGAUCCUGCUAUUGCAGUUUUCAUAGCAGCUCGGCAACCGCGCUUUGGUAAGGAGCAAAAUCGUCAAAAGCCGGCAGUGAUCGCUGUAGCUGCGGUUGCCGCAUCACCUCUUGGUAUCGCGAAUGGCGUCCUUGAUGCUACCGUCGAUGCACUCGUGGACAUCGUUCGACGUCUGGAUCCCUCGUUGCCGUCGACAUCGGUUCAUGAGCGAGCGAUUCGAAGGUCUAUGGUUGCAGCGAUAGGGCCGAACCCUGCGACUGCAGAUUACGGGUUCGUCACGGUUCGUUCGGAUGUGCUGAAUGCGAUCUUCUUGCCGUGGGAGGAUCGCCCGCAUGUCGGCCUGUCACGCCGCUGCUAUUUCGUUCACGAUAUUCAAAACGAUGUGCAUUCAGUGAUCUGUCGGAGCCGACGUACGCGUCUAUCCUUUACGUUUCUGGCGCAGCGUCUGACGGGGCGUCACCGGAGCCUGGCGAACCCGUUACCAGCGACAAGCGAGUCGCAUGGUAUCCAGUUCCCGUUGCAAGAGUGGUAUCUUCGACUCGCGCCGCUUGUUUACGAACGAUUGCGCUGCAUUGGCGUUGGACAAGUUGAGCUGACGCGCGUGCUUUUGCCGCGCGUGCCGAUCACAUCUCGCGAGGAUACGCGUCAUUUUUCCUACAUCGUUUUGGAGUGA